GUAAACAACAAUCCGGCAAUCAUGGCUGCCUCCAUGAGGAAAGCAGCCCACGACGUAGAAACGCGAAAGCGGACUGAGGAUGUGCUUCUGUCCGAGGGGAUCGACUUCGGCUCCCUGCUGCUGUCCCAGGCCGUGCUGGACGGACUGUCAGCCUCGGGUUUUCAGAAGCCGUCCCCGAUCCAGCUCAAGGCGAUCCCGCUGGGCCGCUGCGGACUCGAUUUGAUUGUGCAGGCCAAGUCGGGCACGGGAAAGACGUGCGUGUUCUGCACCAUCGCCCUCGACUCUCUGGUCCUGGAGAAUCAUGCAACUCAGGUGCUCGUGUUGGCUCCAACGCGUGAGAUCGCAGUGCAGAUCCACUCUGUGGUGAUGGCUAUAGGCUGCGCCAUGGAGGGCCUGGAGUGCCAUGUCUUCAUCGGAGGCCGGCCCGUCAGUCAAGACAAACUCCACCUGAAGAAGUGUCACGUGGCCGUGGGCUCACCAGGCCGCAUCAAGCAGCUUAUCGAGCUGGGCAUGUUGUCCACUGCCAGCGUCAGACUGUUUGUUCUGGACGAGGCGGACAAGCUGCUGGAGGAGGGCAGCUUCCAGGAACAGAUAAACUGGAUCUUCUCCUCUUUGCCCGUGAACAAACAGAUGCUCGCUCUCUCUGCCACUUACCCAGAAUCCCUUGCUCAGCACCUUACCCGCUACAUGAGAGAGCCCACCUUUGUUAGACUUAAUCCGAGUGACAUGGGCCUGAAAGGCCUGAAGCAGUAUUACAAGCUGGUGCAGUCCCAUCCACUACCGCACAGGGUGUUUGAGGAGAAGGUGCAGCAUUUGCUGGAGCUGUUCAGUAAAAUCCCCUUCAACCAAGCCCUAGUGUUUUCCAACUUGCACACAAGGGCUCAGCACCUGGCAGACAUCCUCUCUUCCAAAGGCUUACCUGCUGUUUGCAUCUCAGGUGGUCUGAGUCAGGACCAGAGACUGGAGGCGAUGUCCAAGCUGAAGCAGUACCAGUGCAGGGUGCUCAUCUCCACCGACCUGACGUCCAGGGGCAUAGACGCAGAGAAAGUCAACUUGGUCAUAAACCUGGACGUGCCGCAGGACUGGGAAACCUAUAUGCACAGGAUCGGACGGGCCGGGCGCUUCGGCACUCAGGGGCUGGCUGUGACCUACUGUUGCCAUGGCGAGGAGGAGAACAAGAUGAUGGCCAUCGCUCAAAAGUGUGGCCUCAGUUUGUCUGCGCUGCCGUCUACCGUAGAGCCCGGGUUGAUGGAUGAGCCGUGUGAUUGGGAUGUCUGCGCCGAGGCCUCCACUCCAGACACAUUAUCCCGGCUGUUCUCUAGGGCAGAGAAGAGGAGGCGUCCGAAGGCUGAAGUGCACGCGUAUGAGCCCGUCGUGGAUAAAGCUGAGGAGCAAAACAGUCAAAGAAACCCCCCGGAGAAGACUCGUCCUGCACCCAGACGAGGAGCACACUGCGAAGAGAAUGCUGGAAGGAUAUCCCCCGCCAAAGACCUUCCGCCGAGACGUCCCCUUCAAGUGAAUCCUACUCGAAAAGAGCUACAAGACGCUCUGCCAAAGAUCCUUCCGCUCAGCGCGUUCAAAAAUAACGGCUCGACGUUCAUGAGCCUUGAGGAGGCCGAGUGGGACUUCCAGAAGUUCAUCACGACAGGGUUGGGGAGAUCAGUGGAGGUCAUCAGGGAGUUCAGAGGCCGAGAGGACGGUGACCCCACUGAUCAGAGUGGGCACAGGGAGUCUGUCACGCUUCACGAUGACAGUCGUCUAAAUUUCCGAAAGAGCGGUGAAUGGCGCAAAUCGAACUUUCCGCCCCCGAGGGUGAUUUCUGCUCCUUCCAGUUCUGCCUCUGAUAUGGAGGAGGAUCGGGGCGAUGCGGCGCUGCAAAGUUCAAAUCAGGCUGCAAGUCGUGAACACAGAGCGGCCACUCGGCCUCUCGCUGAAACACCCGCACCCACUGCGCCCACAUCUAGGGCAAGCGCCACUAAACCCAAAGCUUGUGCUUUCCCUGCACCCAGAGUACGCGGCCAGACGCCCCGUGCAACAAGUGGGAGAGCUUUGUCUCACGGCGAGAGCAGCGAGUCUGUGCCGAGCUCCGAAUCAGACAGGCAAACCAGUCAGACGGCUCCGGCUCCGGCUCGCGGAGAUGAAUCGAAAAAGAUGAAAAGGGAGAUUGGAAAACCGAGCAAAAAGCAGUCACAAGAGAUGAAAAGGGAGCCGAAGUGGGAGAGGGAUGAAGAGGAUUGCACUGACAAAGAAGAGGAGGAGGAGGAGGAGGAGGAGGAGGAGUGGAGCGCUGAAAGUUACUGGAGAGCUUGUUACAGAGCCUGGAAUGAUUACUACACCUCCAUGUCGCCUUUUCAAGACCAAAACUACUACAGCGCAGCCUACAACUGGAUGGCAGCUUAUCGCAUGAACGCUGUCUACAUGGAAGAGCUCCUGAAGUAAUGACUUGUCCACUAAACCAGGAGUCCCUCCUCUAAUAUAGUGUCGUGCAUGAAUGAAUUUGAACAGGAGGACUUGAGAGACCAAUGUUUGCACUUAAUUUAACGCAUUGCACUUAAUUUUGUGUUUUCCAAUGACUGCAUACCAUAUGGUUGUCACAAUUACUUUUCUAAUAAAUUACAUGUCCCAA